GUCGCAUGUGGUUUGGUGUGUCUGGUGUGUGUGUUUCACACCUUUUCUUCGCCAGACGCACUUAUUCUACGAAUUGUCCAUUCAACUCGUUUAUAGUCUUUCCAAGAUUCAAGAACACUACAUUUUGAGAAGUCUCUCGAUUACUCAAAUUAAGUUACAACUUUCGAAGGAAUUAUUCAGCCAACAUUCUCUUUGUUCUAUUAUAUUACUUCAGUGUUUUUUGGUUUGUUGCCUUGCAGAUUUGUUUGAAAGAUUGAAGUCCCAUAUCUUUCCGGAUAAAAAUAUGGUAAUUCUUUUCAUUUGAGCACAUAUUUCUUGCUAUUUAGACUUCAAAUCUUUUGGUUUGUGGAGGCUUGAAUUGGAAAAUCUGGGUAUUUCUGUUGUGGGUUCUUUAUGAUUUGAUUUCAUGGUCUUGGGAAGUUUCCAUUAGCUGGAAGGAAAAAUCUUCCUUUAUAAAUGUAGAUACAUUCAGUGAAUUAAGCUCGAUAAAAGAUUAUUUUUUCAGUUGGACUUUUUUUAAUGUUAUUUCUGAGAAUGCAUUUCUUAGAAGAAAAGUAGAAUUUUUUUAUUUUUUUUUAAUAUAUUUCUGUAUUAGAUGUGGGAGUGGCUUUUUUUUUUUAAAUAUAUUUUUGUAUUAGAUGUGGGAGUGACUAGUGUGAUAAGAUGAAUGAGCAAUUUGAUCCAGAACGGGUUAUGAGUCAGCCUUUUUCCUUUGAAAAGCGGCAAUAAAGGAAAAAAUUAUCCUCUACUUUGAGACAGUACCAAUCAAGACACGAAAAAUUCUUUGGUUGUGGUUUUCGUAUUGGCAUUGUACUGCAGAUAAUUGGCUUGGCAGAAUGGGUACUAAUUUGUAGCGGUAUUGUUUAGAUUGAUGCAUCCAAGUUUAGGAGAUGAUUACCCGAUAAGGCAAAUCGUUUGGUUGCAAUUGUAAUUGAAAUAUUGAAAAAAAGAUAGAAUUUCUGAUGGCAUCAAUUCGAAGAACAUUGUCUCCGGUGCCUCGACCUGGAAGUUUAAUGAAUGGGGAAGCAUUUCAAGCUGCAUCUCCUCUGUCUAAGUCGUCUUCAAACGGUUUGAACCCUCCACCACAUAGUAGUGUCUUGGCUUCGUCACUGGGUUCACUUGACUAUGCAUUGUACAAAGUGCAAAAUUUUAUACUCAGCCUGUUAUCACAACGAUCUUCUCAUUCCUUAGAUAGAUCGAGGGUAAAGGGACAAGUUUGGCGGAGAGCUCUUUUCCAUUUCUUAGUAUGUUUUGUUGCCGGGGUUUUUGUUGGAUUCACCCCUUUUGUUUCACUGAAUUUAUCCACGAACUUCAUGUCUAAACACCAAGAUUUCUACUUCGAGGUGGUCCAACCAGUUCACAACAGCCAGUUUCAUGGCGGGAAAAGAAAUGAGAAAUCGAUACUUGGCAGAUUGUCCGUAAAUGAAAAUGCAACAUUAGAUCCUCAUGGGAUGAACACUGAACCAAAGGACAAUGUUAUUUCCUAUAGUUCUUCAAGUUCUGUUAAUCAAGGUUCAGAUCUGGUGUUCCAUGAACUUGUGAUCAUUGUGACGCCGACACAUGCUCAACCCCUUCAAGCAUAUUAUCUCAAUCGUUUAGCACACACAUUAAAAUUGGUUCCACGUCCUUUCCUGUGGAUCAUCGUGGAAAUGAACUCACAAUCUGUGGAAAUGGCUGAUUUUUUGAGGAAAACUGGGGUCAUGUACAGGCAUCUAUUCUGCAGUAAGAACUCAACUGACAUGAAAGACAGAAGAGUGCACCUGCGGAAUGUGGCUCUUUCCCACAUUGAAACACACCGUCUUGAGGGAAUUGUAUACUUUGCAGAUGAUGAUAACAUAUAUUCCGCUGAUCUCUUUCACCAAAUGAGGCAGAUCAGGCGGUUUGGGACAUGGACAGUGGUGAAGUUGAUGGAAAGCAGAAACGAAAUUAUCUUGGAGGGUCCAAUCUGUAAUGGUUCUCAAGUAAUAGGAUGGCACAUAGAUGACUUGACAGAAGGAUUUCGAAGAUUCCAUGCCGAGAUGUCAGGUUUUGCCUUUAACAGUACUGUUAUUUGGGAUCCAAAGAGAUGGCACCGACCUACCCUUGAACCAAUCAGGCAGCUUGAUGCAGUAAAAGAAGGUUUCCAAGCAAGUACAUUUAUAGAACAAAUUGUGGAGGAUGAAAGUCAAAUGGAAUGCUUACCUCAUGAAUCGUCAGAAAUUAUGGUUUGGCACCAUAGCAUGGACUCACAUUCCUAUACUCAGCGCUGAAAAGUUUGGUCAGGAAGUGAAAGGCAUCUGAUCCUUGCUAGAAAUGCUUGUGUUUGUUGAUGAUAGUGAUACAGUCCAAACUGUUGAAGCCGAUGAAUGGAUAUGUUCAGGCAAUACCUCUUUCCGUAAGUUUGACUGUUAUUUCUGUACAGUUACUAAAUUUAAUUUUUUCCUGAGUUGGCUGCUAUUCACCAAAGUGCAAUGUUGUGGCUGUCUAGUUUGGGGUGCAGAUGGUGGCAAAAUAAAACCGUUGGAGAGUUGCGAAUAUAUUAUAUCUUUAAGUGAAUCUUUUGAAUUCCGACUGCAUUGUUUAUCAGAAUUUUCUGUUUUUACAUGAACCUGUGGCCUCGUGUCUUCUCCUAUACCAAUUUGUAUAUCUUUGCUGAUUUGGAUUGAUCAA